CGGCUGGCCUUAAAGUGGACGCGGCUUGAGUGGCGGUUCGCGGGGUGGCCCCCCGCUCGGGCUCCGCCCUGUUUCCCGCACCUCGCCCCUCCCCCCGCUUCGUCCCGCAGCCCCGCGGCUGCGCCUGUGAUACAGACUUGUGCAGAGAGGGGUGGGGAGGUUGGACGUCGCAGUGGAAGGAGCAUCCCUGCGGUCUGGGACCUGGCGGAGGGCGUCCUCACUCCGGGGGGAGCUGAGGACCCGCCCUGACCUGGCCUGGCCUAGCCUAUUCCUGCCCUGCCCAGGAGCCGGGUCUGAGGCGGGGGCCACUGGGGUCCCAGAGCGCGGCCGCCAUGGACAAGAUUCUGGAGGCGGUGGUGACGUCGUCAUACCCGGCAAGCGUGAAGCAAGGGCUGGUACGGCGCGUGCUGGAGGCGGCGCGGCAGCCGCUGGAGCGGGAGCAGUGCCUGGCGCUCCUGGCCCUGGGCACGCGCCUCUACGUGGGCGGCGCCGACGAGCUGCCGCGCCGCGUGGGCUGCCAGCUGCUGCACGUGGCCGGCCGGCACCAUCCAGAUGUCUUCGCUGAGUUCUUCAGCGCGCGCCGCGUGCUGCGCCUGCUGCAGAGUGGCGCCGGCCCGCCGGGGCCCCGCGCGCUCGCCUGCGUGCAGCUCGGUCUGCAGCUGUUGCCGGCGGGGCCCGCGGCUGAAGAGGUGUUCGCGCUGCUGCGGCGCGAGGUGCUGCGCACCGUCUGCGAGCGCCCGGGGCCCGCGGUCUGCGCGCAGGUGGCCCGGCUGCUGGCGCGGCACCCGCGCUGCCUGCCCGAUGGCCCGCACCGCCUGCUCUUCUGCCAGCAACUGGUGCGUUGCCUCGGCCGCUUCCGCUGUCCCGCCGAGGGCGAGGAGGGUGCAGUGGAGUUCCUGGAGCAGGCCCAGCAAGUGAGCGCGCUCCUGGCGCAGCUGUGGCGUGCGCAGCCUGCUGCCAUCCUGCCCUGCCUCAAGGAGCUGUUCGCCGUCAUCUCGUGCACAGAGGAGGAGCCCCCGUCCAGUGCGCUGGCCAGCGUGGUCCAGCACCUCCCGCUGGAGCUCAUGGAUGGCGUCGUCCGGAACCUCAGCAAUGAUGACAGUGUGACGGACUCCCAGAUGCUGACUGCCAUCAGCAGGAUGAUCGACUGGGUGUCCUGGCCCCUGGGGAGGAACAUUGACCAGUGGAUCAUUGCAUUGCUGAAGGGUCUGGCUGCUGUUAAGAAGUUCAGCAUCUUGAUCGAGGUUUCACUCGCCAAAAUUGAGAAGGUGUUUUCCAAGCUUCUAUACCCCAUUGUCCGGGGAGCUGCUUUGUCUGUCCUCAAGUACAUGCUCCUGACUUUCCAGCACUCCCAUGAGGCCUUCCACCUGCUUCUCCCUCACAUCCCCCCCAUGGUGGCCUCUCUGCUCAAGGAGGACUCUAACUCUGGCACCAGUUGCCUGGAGCAGCUGGCAGAGCUGGUCCACUGCAUGGUGUUCCGGUUCCCGGGCUUCCCGGACCUGUAUGAGCCUGUCAUGGAGGCCAUCAAGGACCUCCACGUUCCCAAUGAGGACCGCAUCAAGCAGCUGCUGGGGCAGGAUGCCUGGACCUCACAGAAGAGCGAGCUGGCUGGCUUCUACCCCCGGCUCAUGGCCAAGUCAGACACGGGCAAGAUUGGUUUAAUCAAUCUGGGCAACACGUGCUACGUGAACAGUGUCCUUCAGGCUUUGUUCAUGGCUUCUGACUUCAGACACUGUGUGCUCCGUUUGACGGAGAACAACUCGCAGCCCUUGAUGACCAAACUGCAGUGGCUGUUCGCUUUCCUGGAGCACAGCCAGCGGCCUGCCAUCUCUCCAGAGAACUUCCUGUCUGCAUCCUGGACACCCUGGUUCAGCCCCGGCACCCAGCAGGACUGCUCGGAGUACCUGAAAUACCUCCUGGAUCGGCUGCACGAAGAGGAGAAAACGGGGACACGGAUCUGCCAGAAGCUGAAGCAGUCCAGCUCGCCGUCCCCACCUGAGGAGCCCCCUGGCCCGAGUUCAACCUCUGUGGAGAAGAUGUUUGGAGGCAAGAUUGUGACUCGCAUAUGCUGCCUCCGUUGCCUCCGUGUCUCCUCCAGGGAGGAGGCCUUCACGGACCUCUCUCUCGCCUUUCCCCCCCCUGAGCGCAGUCGCCACCGCCGCCUGGGCUCAGUGAUGCUCCCCGCAGAGGGCGUGGGGGCCCGGGAGCCCCCCCCACCAUCCCCGGCCCCCGGCCCAAGCAGGGUGGGUCUGCGGAGGCAGAGGAAACACUGCAUCACAGGGGACGCCCCCCACCCUGUCCUGGACAUCGAAGGCCUGAGCUCCCAGGGACCCGGGGAGCAGAGCAGUCGAGAGGAGAAGGUGGAGAGAGAUGAGGUGGCAAAGGAAGAGAGAGCAGAGGAGGAGGAAGUGCAAGAGGAGCAGAAGGAGGAAGAAAGGACCAGGGAGAAAGAAGAGAAGGAGAAAGAGGUGGAGGAGGAGAAGGGAGAGAAGGAGACUGAGAAGGAGACUGAGGAGGAGGAAGAUGGCCUGGGCCCGGGGACCCCCCGGGCCACCGGCCCCUCUGCGGAGGGCUCCCGCUCCGUCCUGGAUCUGGUCAAUUACUUCCUGUCCCCUGAGAGGCUGACAGCAGAGAACCGCUACUACUGCGAGUCGUGUGCCUCGCUGCAGGAGGCGGAGAAGGUGGUGGAGCUGAGCCAGGGCCCGCGCUACCUCAUCCUGACCCUGCUGCGCUUUUCCUUCGACCUGCGCACCAUGCGGCGCCGCAAGAUCCUAGAUGACGUCACCAUCCCGCUGCUGCUCCGCCUGCCGCUGGCUGGAGGCCAGGGCCAGGCCUACGACCUGUGCAGCGUCGUGGUGCACUCCGGAGUGUCCUCGGAGAGCGGUCACUACUACUGCUACGCCCGCGAGGGCGCCGCCCGCCCGGGCCCUGCCCUGGGGGCGGCCGACAGGCCUGAGCCCGAGCACCAGUGGUACUUGUUCAACGACACUAGGGUAUCCUUCUCCUCCUUCGAGUCUGUCAGCAACAUCACCUCCUUCUUCCCCAAGGACACGGCCUAUGUGCUCUUCUACCGGCAGCGGCCAGGGGAGGGCGCCCAGGCCGAGCCAGCCUCCCCCCGAGGCCGGACAGAGCCCACCCUCCACAAAGACUUGAUGGAAGCUAUUUCCAAAGACAACAUCCUCUUCCUGCAGGAGCAGGAGAAGGAGGCACGGAGCAGGGCGGCCUACAUCUCUGCACUCCCUGCAUCUCCGCGUUGGGGGAGGGGCUUUGACGAAGACCAGGAUGAGGAUGAAGGCUCUCCUGGGGGCUGCAGCCCUGCAGGUGGCAAUGGCGGUGACUUCCACAGACUGGUCUUCUAAUGUGACUACGUCCCUGGCCUGCUUCUACCUGUGGGUGUCACAGCCAACCUCACAGGAGGCCUUGACCCCUUUCUUCUGGCAGCUGGGUGGGGGCCCAGGUCCUGGGAGAGGCACCUGCCAGACGGGCUACGAAGGAGGCAGGCCCAGUCCUGAAGGCAGGCCCUUCCAAGGACUAGAAAGAAGGGUGCAGAGGGAACUUCUGGGACACCAGUCCUCAGCCUGCAGGUGACACGGAGACUCAGACACAGAGGUGAGAGCCACGCCCCUUACACUGGGCCUCCGGUCCUGGCACUGGCAUCAGCCCCCUUAGGAUUUCACACCCAAGUGUCCUGGUCAACUUGAAGCAGCUUAGAUGCACACUGGCCUUGCCCCCCGCGCUCCCGACAGGGCUGACCGUCACAGCUCCAGUGUUUUGCCAUCAAGUAGCAUUUCCCUUCCAGCUCCUGUUAGACAAUCCUAUUACUCUAUAGUAUGAAAAGCAGAGUGGGAUCCACGCCCUUGCACAAAGAAGUGGGCUCAGCUCUGGCUACCUCGUUUCUCUGAGGGGGUUUCAGAGGCGCGUGCGUGGGUGCCUGCACCGUUUGUCCUUGUUUUGAGAGUAGAGGUGGGAAGCACCCCGACACAGGAGCAGAUACCAAGCGACAAUGCAUAGAGGAGAGCCAGCCCCCGUCACAGUGGGAGACCCGUAACCCCCUCGCCCUUUGCCUGCCUCAGUGCCUGAGAUGCCGCCGUUUGCAUCCCCGUCUGGUUGAGAUGGAGAAUCCUCAUUUUACUGGAAAUAUGUGUGUUUCUCACGAAGCCAUUGUCCUGAGGAACGCUGGCUGGCUCGGCUCCUCAUCAGGUGGCCAGCAGAGCAGCGGCCUGGGGGCUGGUGGGGUGGGCCUGGUGAUGAGUAGCCACUGACAUCAUGUGCCCUGACGCUGCUGUACCCCUUCUAUGGAGAGGAGAGACCUGGGUCUCAAACAGGAAUAAAACUAGUUCUCUGAAGCCUUUCCCACCUUAGGGUUGUCCUGGCCGCCAUACCCCCGGUUUCUUGGUGUCUAGGCAGUAAGGAGGGUACACCCCUGCGCACUGACCAGUGCAACGCGCCACAGGAGGUGAAAGCACCCUCCACUGACGUGCUCCGUAAAUGCAAGGUGAGGGCCCAGAGGGCAGAGGCAAGUGCCAGUGCGCUCAUUCUCCGGAGAAGCAGGAGCCCGUUGCCUGUGCAGGGCUGGGUGGGUCCACAGGCUGCCCAAUGGGGGGUGGGCAGGGGACUCACCAACAGUGCGGCGGAGCCUAGGACCUGGGGAUGUUUUCAGACGAUGGACUGUUGAGAAACAGCUACUGCUGAUGCCCCGUUCCUCCUCCCUUCUCGCUGGGAACCUAGGGGUGGGUGGCCUCUCCUGGGCAGAGGCCAGGAGGAAAGAUGGGACGCAGGGCCUCCCCACUAGUGCUGUCCUGCUCUUGGAGCUGGAGAGGCAUGCAGGAGCCCCUUUCUGCCCGUCCCUCUGGGAGAACAAAAGUGGGGAGGCAGGGGUAGAGGUGGUGGCGUGGCCAGGGCUGGGCUUCAAGGGCUACCCGCCUGUGCUAUAGGCGGAGUUGAAUUUUGGUCCAAAUGUCAUAGACCCUUAAAUGUCAGACCUCAGAGAACAGCGAAAGUGGCCGACAGUCUGUCAGAGACCAAGCCACACUCAGAAUUCAGUCCCUGUCUAGGGGGUCUUUCUAAGAAAGACGAAUUGGCAGGUGUUGCUACAAUUACCGUUUUACACAUGAGGAAUACAGAUUCUGAAGUAAGGAGGGUUCAUUCUUGUUUCCAGCCAAGAAAAAUACCGAAUUCUUUACUGACUUCCUUCC